ACAACAAGGGGCCGUUCCGCACCCGUCCACCGACGAGAGCAUUCUGCGGGACUACAAGAGAGGCUUUCUGACUAACGGCAUGUCUGCCUUCUCGCGCCACCCCAACUUCUUCUUUGAGCAGAUAGUGUGGUGGAGCUAUUUCGUGUUCGAUAUUGCGGCCACUGGGGAG